AUGCCACACAUCAUCCUCCUGGGUACUCUAGAUACCAAACGUGAAGAGGUAUCAUUUAUCUACACCAAGUUGAAAGAAACCGCCUCUCGCUUUUCCACACCUCUUGAAAUCACUUUGAUUGAUUGCGGCCGUCAACCAAUCACCGACAAUGCUAUCACUAUCGGCCAUACCGAAUUAGUGGAGAAGUAUGCACCAGACGACAACAGAGGGCUAUUAGAUUUACCCCGCGGUGAAGCUAUCAACUUUCUGAUCACCUGCGUUAUUCGUUGCGUCGAGGACUUAUUGCAAAAACAUGAGAUCCAUGGUAUCAUCGGUGCAGGGGGUAGUGGAGGAACUAGUCUAAUAUCCGCGGUGAUGAAAACGGCCGUACCGAUUGGACUCCCGAAAUUGAUCGUCAGCACGGUCGCGUCUGGGAACACAGGGCCUGUGGUAGGUGAAUGCGAUAUCACUCUCAUGUACUCGGUGGUGGAUAUUGCAGGCACCAAUCGACUGUUAUGCGAUGUACUCGAGAAUGGCGCUGCUGCAAUGUUUGGUAUGGCAUCGGCAUACCAACACCGACUGAACCUCAACCGGGCCGUUGACAAUGGAACCCGAUCGGCUGAGAAGAAGCGGAUUGGUAUCACUAUGUUUGGUGUGACAACUCCAUGCGUGGAUACCAUCCGGUGUUAUCUGGAAGAGAAGUACAAUGUGGAAGUCUAUGUGUUCCACGCGACUGGUCAUGGUGGCAAGGCCAUGGAACGCCUGGUUGAAGAAGGCCAUCUUGAUGCGAUCUUAGAUAUCACAACUACCGAAAUUUGUGAUCUCAUCGCUGGUGGAACCAUGAGUUGUGAUAACAGCCGCCUUGAAGCCACAUUACGGAAGGGUAUCCCUAAUAUCAUCUCCGUUGGAGCUACUGACAUGGUCAAUUUUGGGCCGCUUGACACCGUGCCAAGCCAGUAUCGGGAUCGCAACUUGCAGGUCCACAAUCCUAGUGUGACACUAAUGAGGACUUCUGCAGAGGAGUGCCGAAAAAUUGGGGACUUCAUGCUCGACAAGUUGAAACGUUUUUCUCGGGAUCCAAGAAUGGUUGAGGUGUGGCUUCCCAGCGGGGUGAGUAGCAUGGCGACGGCAGGAUUGCCAUUUUCAGAUCCCGAAGCAGAUGCAGCCCUCGCCACCGUUCUGGAUUCCGGCUUAAAGGGCAGCGACAUCAGAGUGAUAUCGCAUGAUCGAGACAUUAAUGAUAAUGGAUUUGCGGUCGACAUUGCCUCUAGACUGAUGGAUCUUGUGGCAGAGCACUCUGAACGCAGCCCGGCGUCUUAG